AUGUUUACCGGAAUUGUAGAGGAAGUAGGAGUUGUCUCCAAGCUUGACAACAAUGAUUCUACUGGCGGCACUUCUUUGACCAUCUCUAUCCCUUCUGGCUCUCAGCUCCUCUCCGACUGCCAUGAUGGCGAUUCCAUCUCUGUCAAUGGUGUUUGUCUCACCGUCACCUCUUUCACGCCUGAAGCCUUCACAAUUGGUGUAGCCCCCGAGACUCUGAGAAUCACCAACCUGGGUGACCUCAAGGAGAACAGCAACGUCAACCUUGAGCGCGCUGUCCGUGCUGAUACACGCAUGGGCGGCCACUUUGUCCAGGGCCACGUCGAUACCACCGCCAAGAUCCUGUCUGUCACCAAGGACGGCAACGCCCUGACCUUCCGCUUCCAGCCUGCCCGCAAAGACAUGCUGCGGUACGUUGUGUACAAGGGCUACAUCGCCAUUGACGGCACUAGCUUGACCGUCACCAAGGUCAAUGACCAGGAGGGCUGGUGGGAGGUGAUGCUGAUCGCCUACACUCAGGAGAGAGUUGUUGUGGCGCAGAAGAAAGAGGGUGACACAGUCAACAUCGAGGUGGACAUGAUGGCCAAGUAUGCUGAGAAGUCACUUGGCGGCGUUGUCGGAUCCGAACCGGGAUCUGCAGCCUCAUUCCCUUUCAUUGAGAAGAUUGUUGAGAGGAUCGUGGCACAAGGAUUUGGCGCAAAGCAAUAA